AAAUCACCGGCAAACAACUCCAAGCGCUUUUCGUGCCGCUACUGCGUAUCAUUCGAAUUUCGUAAACUCUUUGGAUAUGGCCGAUAAUCAAGAAGCAGUCGCUGGGAAGAUUCUUAAAAUCGCUGGAGCCGUCAUACUGCCCAAUCUGGGUGGCAUUGUUAAUGGCCAGCUAACCCGGAGGAAUCUCAAGAAUUGGUAUGCAAACCUGAACUUUCCGUCGUUUAAACCACCCAACUGGGUGUUUGCCCCAAUGUGGACAUCGCUGUACGCUGGCAUGGGCUAUGGCUCCUACCUGGUGUGGCGCGAUGGCGGCGGAUUUGGUGGCGAGGAGGCGCGCCUGCCUCUAAUUGCCUAUGGCACACAGUUGGCCCUGAACUGGGCCUGGACGCCGAUCUUCUUUGGACAGCACAACAUCAAGGGCGGGCUCAUUGAUAUCAUCGCUCUGACGACCACUGCCAGCGCGUGUGGCAUACUCUUCUACCGUGUCAACAAAGUCGCUGGAUUGCUCUUUGUCCCGUAUGUGGCCUGGCUGGGCUUCGCCACGGCUCUGAACUACGCCAUGUUGAAGCUCAAUCCACAGAAGGAGGCGGCGGUGGAGGAGAAACCCUCGACCUCAAGUCAUGCAAAGCCGAACUAGGUCGUGGGUUCCUUGCUUGUUGUUUGUGAUUGUAAUUGUUUUUAUUGAAAAUGUAUUUGCACAAAAAUAAAUGAAAUUGUUAGUA